CGAGCCGGGGCCGCUCCCGGGAUUUCUCCGGCCCCAGACACAGCGGCGAGGGGGCCCCAGCCAGGCUCUCAUGCUCAGGAAAGCUUCGCACUGGUAGCUUGACAGAGUGGACUUUUCAAGCUGUGUGAGAGAGAAGGAGAUUUCUAUGAGCUGCAGAGUCGAUAAAGAAAUGUCCAUCCUAAGAUGAUGCUUGCACCUCAUUGACUUGACUACAGAGUUUUCAACAGAAAUUGAAUAUGGCCUAGUAGGAUUGACCUUUGGAGAAUUUAUGAUGUCCUCCGGUACUAGUAGAAGCAAGAACCGGCAGGCUGUGAGCCUGCAGGGAGUUGACCCAGAAACAUGCAUGAUAGUGUUUAAAACGCAUUGGGGACAGGUUCUAAAAAUCUUAGAGAAGCAUGAUCCUUUGAAAAAUACUCAGGCGAAAUAUGGGGCAAUUCCACCAGAUGAGGCCAGCACUGUGCUGAAUUAUGUGGAGCAUAUGCUUUUCUUAUUAAUUGAGGAGCAAGCAAAAGAUGCUGCAAUGGGGCCUAUCCUUGAGUUUGUGGUCACAGAGAACAUAAUGGAGAAACUCUUCCUUUGGAGCCUGAGGCGGGAGUUCAAUGAUGAGACAAAAAUUGAGCAGCUGAAGAUAUAUGAGAUGCUGGUUACUCAGUCCCAUCAGCCUGUGCUGCACCACAAACCCAUCUUGAAGCCUUUGAUGAUGUUGCUGAGCUCUUGCUCAGGAACAGCCACACCAGCUGUGGAGUUGGAGCUGGCUGUCCUGCUGAACCAACUCUGCUCUAUCCUAGCCAAAGAUCCUUCCAUUCUGGAACUGUUUUUCCACACCAGCGAGGACCAAGGAGCUGCCAACUUCCUCAUUUUUUCCCUUUUGAUUCCCUUCAUCCAUCGGGAAGGAACAGUAGGUCAGCAGGCUCGUGACGCUCUGCUCUUCAUAAUGUCCCUGUCAGCUGAGAACAACGUUGUUGCAAAUCACAUAGUAGAAAACACCUACUUUUGUCCUGUACUAGCAACAGGACUGAGUGGCCUCUAUUCAUCUUUGCCAACAAAGCUGGAAGAAAGUGGAGAAUGGCACUGUCUGCUGAAAGAUGACUGGCUCCUGUCCCCAGCUCUUGUUCAGUUCAUGAAUUCCCUAGAGUUUUGCAAUGCAGUGAUACAGGUGGCACAUCCCUUGAUUCGUAACCAACUUGUGAACUACAUUUAUGAUGGGUUUUUGGUGCCAGUGAUGGCUCCUGCCCUCCAUAAGGUGACUGUGGAGGAGGUAAUGACUACAACUGCAUACCUGGAUCUCUUUUUGCGCAGUGUUUCAGAGCCAGCUCUACUCCAGAUUUUCUUGCGUUUCAUCCUGCUGCACCAGCAUGAGAAUGUGCACAUCCUAGAUACGCUCACGAGCCGAAUCAACACUCCAUUUCAGCUCUGUGUGGUAUCUUUGGCAUUGUUCAGAACACUCAUCGGCUUACACUGCGAAGAUGUGAUGUUACAGCUAGUUUUAAGAUAUCUGAUCCCAUGUAAUCACAUGAUGUUGAGUCAAAGAUCGACUGUGAGGGAAAGAGACUGUUAUUCAGUAUCUGCUGCUAAACUGCUUGCUUUGACCCCUGUCUGCUGCUCUACUGGGAUUACGCUGACUGUUGAAAACCAAGCCAAAGAUUACAUCCUAUGGACAAAGGCCACACCCGGUGCAGGCUAUUGCGAAUCCAUGUGCAUUGUGAAAUACGGAAGAGCUGUGGACAUCAGUUACCUGCAGUACCUGUGGGAAGCUGAAGCCAUCAUUCUCCAUUGCAUGAAAGACUGCCAGGUUUGGUCUGCCCCAUAUGAUGGGGAAGACCCUGACCCAGACACCUUUAUCCAAACGCUGGCAGAGGAAAACAGUAAAAAUGUGGAGCAGUCUAUGUUCCAACUCCAGCAGCGAACUUCCAGUAACUGCAGCUCCUCUCAAAUUACUCCAUUGGGAGAGAAGAUACAGUUGGAGCUGGAAUGGGAUGACAGCUACGAUACAGGGAUUUCUCCUGGGUCUGACGUGAGCUCACCCCAGCCUUAUGAUGAUCUAGGGACUGUAGAGAGACAGCCGCCUGCAGAGCCACCAAAGCACAUUCAAGAGAUGAAGAAGAAUGCAAUCAUGCUUGUCAAAGGGUCUUACAUAGAAGAAUCAGAUUUUCAGGAUGAUGUCAUGGUUUACAGGUUAUGUGCCCAAAAGGACGCUCAGGAUGAUGACAAUUCCAAGGAGGAAACUUUAAGUACAGCAACUGAAUCUCAAAACACAAUUCAAAGCCAACCUAUUAAGAGGUCUUUGAAAAACUCACAUCCAGACACAAAUUUAAAGGAACACAAUAGGAAAAAUUCUGGUUUGCCUCAGGAUGUAACAAAGGAACAAAUAAACCAGAAAGCUGUUGAAACAGACCCACAGCCAGACUUAGAGCUGAAACUCUCUCCUCUAGAAGCAGAUCAAAACUCAAAUGUGAGGCUGCUGAGCCCAAAUAGUGAGGAAUUCAUUGCACAAUAUGACAAAAUUAUUGAAGAACUGGAUUCUAACACAACAGGCUUGGAGGAGCAGAAAUUGCUGACACCUGAUCCUGUAUCUCCAGUGGAAGAGGAGGAGGACUUCGAAAAUUUUUCAGCGGACACUCCCUCUACAGAAAGUAUACUGUCUCCAUUUGGGCCAAAGGAGGAUACAUUUUCCAACCAUCCUGCAAGGAGCCAGAAUGCUGCAUUUACAGGGCCAUUUAUCAGCGUAGUGCUGUCAAAGCUGGAGAAUAUGUUGGAGAAUUCCUUGCAUGUUAACUUGCUGCUCAUUGGGAUUAUUACUCAACUGGCCAGUUACCCGCAACCUCUUCUUCAUUCCUUUCUGCUCAAUACCAACAUUGUAUUGCAGCCUAGUGUACGAUCAUUAUAUCAGGUGCUGGCCUCUGUGAAAAAUAAAAUUGAGCAGUUUGCAUCCAUCCAAAAAGAUUUUUCAGGUCUUCUUAUACAGGCCCAGCAGUACUUGCUUUUCCGAGCGGACAUGUCUGACGUGGCUCCAGAGUUACUAACCAAAGUGGCAUAAUUGUGCUUCCAGUGCUAAACUUUGCUCUACGUGAAUGAGGGCUCAGUUCAUGAAAGCCUUAAUACUUCCCCUUUCUACUACGAGAAAACUAAAACAACCCACAAGCACUGAAAACCGGAGGUAAGAAUGAUAUUAAAACAGUUUAUGGUGCUGGUUAUAAUUCCCCAAUACUGAAAAGCCCCAUUAUAUAACUUUCCCAAUUUCAAACAUGCUAUCUUCACUUAGGGAAUGUAAAUGAAAAACCUAUAAAAAGAAAGAUCAGGUAACAUUUUGUAAAGUACUUAAAUCACUUAGGAGCUGAAGUCCCAUUAACUUAGUCCUUCGUCACAGGGGGGUAUGUCUACACAGUAGUUAAACGCUUGCAGCUGGCCUGGGCUGCAGGCUUAAAGUUGCUGUGUAGAUGUUUGGGCUUUAAGUUAAGCCUGAGCUCUGAGAUUGUGUGUGUGUUUGGGGGGCGGGGGGGUCAUCCCAGAGUCCAGGCUCCAGUUUGAACUUGAAUGUCUAUACGACAUUUUUUUAGUCCCACAGCCUGAGUCAGCUGGCCCAGGCCAGCCACCAGUCUUUUAUUCCAGUAUAGACAUACCCGUUGGUGCUUUGAAAAGUGCACCCAUUUUCCAUAACAGGGAGAGCUAGACUAGUGCCUGACUACACUAGGUUCUGUCUGUAGGAGACACUAAAAGUCCUAAAGUGGAUCUGUACAGAUUGCCACCUGCAAAUACUUCCCUUGACCUGCUAUCACUUGUCUGUCUAGAUAUCUGUAAUGUAUUCAGUUCUGAACACCAGCUGCCCUCCCUCAAAGCCCUGACUGCUGCAGCUCAGCCCUUUGUGCUCAGGCCCCUUUCUUUUCUGUUGUUCUUGCUCCAUGCAACUCUUUGCCUGUCAGAUGCAAUUCCACCAAACCACCCUCUAACCUCCUUGCAGCUGCUCCACUCACCACCCAUUAGAUUGCCUUUUUUAAAAAAACUCAUUUAAUUUAGGAAUGGGAGAAUUCUACUGAUUCCAUUGCUGCUGGAGCCAUGGCCAACCAGCCUCAGGUCCCUUUCCUUCUUCUAGCAGCUGGUAGGUUCUUCACUCUCACUCAACCACCCACCUUAGAACUGUGGUUCAUGCCUGUUCUCUCAAAUUAUCCCUCAGGGGAAGAGAGAGAUGGCGAAGCAUCACUUACCACAGUGCUCCAGCCUAAUCGGGGCUGGGUCAGUGGUUGCUGAAUUCCUUAAGCACUGAUCUAAUCUGUUCCCAUGUCAUCAAAGCAUAGCCACUACCUUCUAGCAAGAAGCUGAUGUGAGUGCUUUAAAAGGAAUAAAUACAUGUAAUAAUAAAAUAAGCAAACUUCAAUGAGUCAUAACCAAGUGGGUAUUUACUCCCAAGAAACCAUCCACAUUUUUAAAAACUGUUAAUGGGGUGAAUUUGUUUGGUAAUUCUCCCUUUCCUUGCCUUUAAGUUAAAAUCAGACUCUGAACCGUUUAGGAAUGGUUUCAUAUUAAAUGGUCUCUCUCAUUACAAUAGUCUGUUCUGAAGACAAAGGUAGAUGGAGACCUUAAAAUCUGGACUGUGCAAACUAGAUCUGUAAGUUUUCUGGUUUUGACCCAGUAAACUGUAAUAGUUCCAAAGGAGUUAUUCCCGCCUACCACAUUAGUGAGCUUUAAAAAACCUACAGUGUGCAGAGGAAUUCUUACAAGUCAUUACACUGUAUGUGCACAAGGUACGCUUUAAACAAACAAAAACUCUGUCACCUAUCUAAAAAGAGAGACCAUAUUAUGGACUUGUAAAUUUGGCAACCGAUUGCUCAAUUUUUGAGAUACACAAAGGAAAUAGCAAAUAUAAGUCUGGUCAGUUUAUACUCAAACUCUAAACUGUCCAAAUAAAGAUUCAAUACUUCUGGUCUGAGAUAGCGUAGGCAAGGUUUCAGUGAGGGCUGAAUUACAAAACCAUAACCUCCAGCAUCCUGAGAAAAAAUAAACUAUGAUAUUGGUACUUCCUACCUUCAAUGUGCAGAGCAAACUACAUGUAAUUCAGUAUGAAAAUGGUGGUUGUUUCAUUAUCAGAGCCUCAGAUUAAUAAUCCUUUCUUGUUCAAGUCCUUCAUCCAAAUGCUGUUUAAUAUGCUGCUGCUUUCAAAUUGGACUGAUUUGGAACAACAGAAAUCAAGACCUGAUUCUGAUCUGUUACAUUGGUGGAGAUGAUGAAAAGCAGACCCGAGGAGGGUUUUGUUUUUUUU